GCCGAGUCACUUACUGUGAAUAAUAUUAAUGAAACACUCGGCCUUUGAAAUUUAUUCUUAGCGCUGUCAGGCGCUAAGUUCUGGGAUUAACUCUCUUCCUACCGUCGUUCCCGCAUUGUUAUGUCUCUCCAGCCAUUCACCUCUCUGUACCGAUAUGCUGUUGAACCAAUAGCACCAUUUACCUGGUUUGGUACCAAGGUCUCUUCCCUCGACUUGGUGGCCGUGUUUCGGCUUUGUAUCGCUUUGAGACAGAUGAGAGAAAAUUUGUAUGCUAAACACCAGCGAAGUGCUGGAGAGGGUAAACCUGCACUUGUAGAGGAGAGGUCCUUCGUGAGAGACGCAUGUGCCAUGCUGACGAUUGUAUUUGGAGGGGAGGCUAUCAUAGGCCCUCUCCUUGGUAUUCUGCCAUCUUUCAUGUUCUCCGGUGUUUCUCCUGGAUUGUACAUCGCCGCACAAGCGAUUGUAGAGUAUAUCCCUGUGCUGCCGCCCAUGUCACUCGGCACCGAGCUUCCUUUAUCCAUUGUCGACGGAUUUACCCGAGCGGUGCUCCUCUGCAGCCUCAUACCACCACCCGUUAUCACCCACACAUCCCCCGUUAUCGCAUCUUCCCCGUGGGCUCUCCUUCUCUCAUCUCUCGUCAUCACCAAUGGUGGCUUUUUCUUAACGAACAUGUUCUCAUUCAUGGAGCCCACACCGCUUACACUUACGACUCCCGAUGAGCUCAAGCCUUAUGGCUGGACAACCACUGACAUCUGGUCCGCCCCAUUUAUCACGGGGCUCUAUGCCCUCCUCACCCAUGCCCAGCCGUUCUGGGCCGAGUUGCACAGUGUAAUGUCGACUGCCCUCGGAGGUGCUGGCAGUAGAGUUGGUCCUAUGGACGCAGAGUCCGCCCGUGCGCUGUGCGCGCUAAUUCUCGCAGCAUUGUUCUCCACCCGGACUGCGAAGAACUUCGGGCUUAUCUGGAAGAAGAGCGUUGUAGAGAAGAUCAAGACACAAUGAAUACCCAGUACGAUAUCUAUUUAUACCGCUUGCUGUAGAUCUACAUGACAUUUAUGAAUGAUAUGUCCUUACCACGAAUAGUGUACGAGUGGUCCAGCGGUGCGUUAAGAGCAUGUUGAGAAACUCUAAAGAUGUAAAGCCCUACAGACACUGAGGCCUGAGAAUAGAACAUAUCGAGUGCGUUCCC